AUGAGUGAGCGUACGUUUCAUGAAAAUCGUUGCAUUGGUGGCCAAUGGUACCACGUUUCGACGUGCAUUAAGCCAACCGGCACAGAGAUAAAAUUCGAGCAAUGCAGCGAGGCGUGGAAAUGCGUGUAUUGCACCAAGUUCAGUGAAAACGUAUCGCAGCACGAGGGCGUGGUCGUCAAGCAGUUUUUGGUUACUCCUGAAACUGGUGAGCUGCCUGUGCUGACCGAUGAGGAUUUGGAGGAAAUGUUGAAAAAUUAA